AUGGAGCAGUUCCAUUACUCUGAGGAGCCCUCAGAGCCUACCAAAGCCCCAGCCGAUGUACCAAAGGGAUUUGAUAGCCACUUCCACCUGGAUAGAUUGCAAGGAGUGAUGCGUAUGCGUGGAGCCAGUUUAGCCGAAAUAAAUCAGGCGACUGGUGACCCCUACCAUCGAGUAAACCUUGUGGGAGCUGUGGCCAACUUCUGUGACCCAGCUACUUACCCCUCCGAAGAUUUGGUAAGGAAACUUUACCAAAGAGUGUCUGUAACUAUCGGUCUGCAUCAUAAGGAUAUCGGCGAGGUUACAGAUGACACAUUGAAGCGGAUGGAAUCCCUUCUACAGAUGCCAGAGGUUGUCGGUCUUGGAGAGGUUGGCAUUGACCACACAGUGUCACCAGAGUUCUGGGGGAGCCAACUAAGGAUCCUUAACAGUGCUUUGAGCUUUCUUCAGGACAGGCAUGUUUUGAUCAUCCAUUGUAGAAGCAUGGCGCGUACAGGCGAUACCAGUGAAGCCUACAUGACUUUACUGUUUCAUCUUCAGCCCAGGGUUCGAAAGGAACAAAUCAUCCAUCUUCACUGUUUUACUAGCUCGGAGAGCAUGGUCAAAGAGUGGACGUCGGUCUUCCCGAACACCUACUUUGGUUUUUCCAGAUUAGUUGACCGGUUCGAUGAAACUCAGCUAUGGGGAUUAAGAGCUGUACAAGAUAGCAGAAUCCUUCUUGAGACAGAUGAUCCAUACUUCCAGUUCUCCGGGGGUAACAGUAAAUAG